GAAUAGCAUAAUUGAAUGUUAUUUUAUUUCUCCACUAUGGGAGGAGACUAUGAGCCCCAACUCACUCUUGGUGGCCCAAUAAAAGGCCCUUAAUAUGCAAUUACCCUGCAACUUCAAACAAAUCAAUCAGAGUGAGCAAUCAACAUAAACUGUUGUAAUGGCUUCAACUCAAUCUGUGAAACCCUCUACUGCCAUCGAAGCUUGCCAACCGAAAACCCAACACAGCUCGUUCGGCCAAAAAAUAUCUGAUAUAACUAACAAGGCUUUCAAAGGACACCAUGCCCGCCAUGGCAGUACCCAGAAUCAAGUCCAAAUCUAUAGCUCCCAAAGUCAGGUUGAAUCAAAUGGCCAAAGUGGCACCAAAACAGAAACUCGCCACUAUGGUCAGACUCAGACCCAACACGACAAGAAGCACGGUAUCACCAAAACUCAUAUCACAGUUUGUGUAGUUCAGGCAGAAAUCACUGAAAUCAAAGAGGAUCCUACUCCUUAUGGUGCAACUACAACAUGCUUUGGGGCUCCUAAGAAAAACAGAGAGCUCAACAAUAAGAAGGAUGGGAAUUUGUUCCAGAGGAUUAAGAAUGGAAUGUCCCGCAAUAAUGGUGAGGGAAACAGCAGCAGCAGUGACAGCGAAAGUGACAAUGAUAAGAAAUCUCCAAAGACAAAGGCAAAGAAUUGAUGAAUGGAACUAGAAGCUGCACAAGGGAUGCAACUGAGCAAAGUUUGUUUAAUUAAAAAACAUCUUUAUAAAUAAGCAGUGCCUUUAUACUUUGAUUAUGUCAUUCUUGUCCCAAAAAUAAUUGUGGCAAAUAAAUGCCCAUAUUUUACUUGUUUGCAUGUACUUUGUGAUGAAUAAUAGAUAAUAGAUAUUGAACUU